GCCGCUCCCGCACCUUGUAGGAAGCACCUGCUGUCACCGCCGUCUCCUUCGUCCCUUCUGGGGCAGGGCCGGAGCCAGAUUUCCAGUAUCUCUAAUAGACCUCCUUGGAGCUCCUUCAGUCAAUUCAAUGGCGUCCUCUACGACUGUGCCUCUAGGAUUUCACUAUGAAACAAAAUAUGUUGUUCUCAGCUACUUGGGACUUGUCUCUCAGGAGAAACAACAAGGAGUUCAACUAGAUGUCCCUCCACAGUCCCUGAAUCCAGAAGUUUUAUUAAAACUUAAAUCUGAGAUUGAGGAAGAACUGAAAUCCUUGGACAAAGAAGUCUCAGAAGCCUUCUCCAGCACAGGCUUUGACUGUCACACCUCACCAGUGUUUAGUCCUCCUAAUCCUGAAAGUUCCAUAGAAGACUGCUUGGGCCAUCUUGGAGAAAGAGUGUCACAAGAUCUGAAAGAGCCUUUGCAGAAAGCAUUGCAGACGAUUCUCAGCCAGCCAGUGACAUAUGAGGCAUAUCGUGAAUGUACAGUGGAGACUGCAGUCCACACCAGCGGAUGGAAUAAGAUUUUGGUGCCUCUAGUUUUGCUACAACAAAUGCUUUUGGAAUUGACACGACGUGGUCAAGAGCCUUUGAGCAUGCUGCUACAGUUUGGUGUGAUGUAUCUGGAGGACUGCACAGCAGAGUUCAUCAGUCAGCAAGGUGGCUGGGGCACUGUCUUUAGUCUUCUUGAGUCUGAGGAGGAGGAAUACCCUGGAAUCAUUGCGGAAGAUAGCAAUGACAUUUAUAUACUUCCCAGUGAUAACUCCGGACAAGUUAGUCCCCCCGAGUCUCCAACAGUGACAACGUCUUGGCAGUCGGAGAGCCUACCCGUCUCACUGUCUGCUAGCCAGAGUUGGCACACAGAGAGCCUCCCGGUGUCCCUCGGGCCUGAGUCCUGGCAGCAGAUUGCAAUGGAUCCUGAAGAAGUGAAGAGCUUGGACAGCAGUGGGGCUGGGGAGAAGAGUGAGAACAACUCUUCUAACUCAGACAUCGUGCACGUGGAAAAGGAGGAGGUACCAGAGGAGGCGUUCCCGGGAGCCGCUGCCCCCUUGCUCCCACAGGUCCCUACCAUGGAAGUCCCAGAAAUGAUGGGAGUUGAGAAAACCAGCCCCACUCCGUCCGUGUUUGUGGAGCUUGGUGAGGAGGAGCUGGAGGCAGUAACAGUGAAGCCCGCUGCUGUGGAGAGGGUGGAGGGGGCUGCUCAGCUGAGUGAGGAGGGGGCUGGGAGCAGGAAAAAGAGCCACACUGGGGAGGCCACUGCUGCCAGGGGGACAAAGAGUGGCCUGCCCGCCGAGGGCAAGGCUGUCCUGCUCUUUGGAGGGGCUGCUGCGGUGGCCAUCCUUGCAGUGGCAGUUGGAGUUGCACUGGCUUUAAGAAAGAAGUAAUGGUCUUUUCAGACGAGAGACAAGACAGAAAGACCUGCGGCUUUAGUUGUAUUCACUGAACUUAGAAGACUGCCAGCAACUGAUUGGACAUUUACAGGACACUGGGGAAUUGGGCUUUCUGUUCAGCAUGGCAGUGACUUGAGACAGUGCUCACAUUGGCCUGGUUGUCAUUUUAAGGGCCCUGGCUCAUGCUAGAUUCAGAAGGACAAGAGUGAGGUUCCCACUUUAACAGGUUAGUCAACUUGGGCAUCAUCAGCCUUCCAGUAAUUCUCUGUAGGAGGCUGCCCUGUGCAUUACGUAAUGAUCGGCAACAUCCCUGCCUUCUACCCACUAGAUGUCACUGGCACCCCACUUGCAAUGACAGUAGCCAAAAUGUCUCCUACAUUGCCAAAUGUCCCCUGGGGACAAAGUCAUCUCCCUUUUGAGGGCCACUGCUCUAAGGGAUAGAGUACAUUAGGAGAAUCUGUGGGAGGAGCCUGCAGCUGGGACGGCCAGCUGCUCAUCCUGCUGCA